AUGAAUCAGCCGGCGCUGGCAGAGAAUCUCCCAGCGGCCUCGCUGGCCCAAUCCCCGACCCCCGCCGCCAGCAAGGACCCUGCUCCGGGCUCCAAGCGACGCUGGCGCCGCAACCGAGUCGCCUGCGAUGCCUGCCACGCCCGCCGUGUGCGGUGCGACCGGGCGUUUCCCUGCUCGCGCUGUCUGCGAAGCGAUAUCCAUUGCGAGUUCACCCGCGAGCGUCGUAAACGAGGGCGUGUCGCGCGCGCCAAGUUGAAUGCCGCCGUCGUGGAGAAGCCGGCUUGGAACGGACUGGCGAGCGCCAGCAUCCGAAACAAUAGUUCGAGCAGCAGUGUGGUGAAGAACCAGCCUCUGCCUCCGCCUAUGGCUGUGACGGCUGCCUCGCCGGCCUCGACCUUUCACCAGCCGUCGCCACAGACAACCAACGGGACGACUGCACGGUCGGCGCCCAGCAUUGACGACGGACGACGCGUACACCGUGACGGGGGCGCGAUGAUGGCUGGUCGGACACAGGCCCCAGGGCUACCGACGGGGAAUGCGACGGAGGAGUGGCUGGCGGCGUCGAAUCUGUCGCCAGACUCGUACGAGUUGCUGGGCGGCACCGGCUGGUUUGAUGUCUUGAAUGGCAUUGAUCUGGCCGCUGCGGGAGUCAGCAGCAUUACAGGACAUCGCGCAGCAGCAGCAGCGGCGGCGGCGGCGGCGGCGGCGGCAACGCUGAAAUAUCCCGUUUUGCAGCCGGUGAUGCCGUAUCUCGAGGGGUAUCUGUCGCAGCGGCUGGUGAAUGAGCUGCUGGAGCUGUACUUUACCAGUGCUUUUUCGACGCAUAUGCAUCCGGUCUGUCACCACAUCCACUGCUACGUGCUGCGCAAGGCCUCGUUCAUGAACCGCGAGGCGCCGCGCCCCAGCAGCCCGGCGCUGCUCGCCAGUAUGUUGUGGGUGGCUGCACUGGACGACCGGGCCUUUGCUCUCUCCAUCUCUCCGCCGAAGCGCAAGAAGAUCUGCCAGUUCCUCUGCGCGCUGACUAUUCGUCUAUUACGCCCGCUGAUCCACGUCUCUUUCAAGGGCCCCGAGGGCGCUGCUGCUGCAAGCGCCUAUACCGACGCAGGGCCUGAGUAUCCGACGACGGGGCAUCCCUUUGAGGCCGGUACGGGUAGCGGUAGCGGCGGCGGUGGUGGUGGUGGUGGUGGUGGUGGUGGUGGCGGCGGCGACGAUAGGGGUCUUGUCGGACCAGCGGGUUCACUGGAUGAUAUCAUCACGUACAUCCAUGUUGCCUCGAUCAUUUCAUCGAGCGAGCAAAAGGCUGCCAGCAUGCGCUGGUGGCAUGCCGCCUUCACGCUUGCGCGUGAGCUCAAGCUCAACCAGGAGAUAGAUGUGACCUCCCACGGCGAUGGCCAGACGGACGCCGCCUCGAGCCCCGGAUUCGACUACACGACGUGGGCGGGGAUCCAGAGCCGCCAUGAGUUUGAUUACUCGACCACACAGGCCAGGCCCAGUCUCAAUUGCGUCUGCGACCGGCCGUACAGUUAUGGCGCCACGGCCACGAACAUGAUCACCGAGGAGCACCGCGAGGAGCGGCGCCGCACCUGGUGGCUGCUUUACAUCAUGGACCGCCACCUGGCGCUGUGCUACAACCGGCCCCUGGCCUUACUGGACGCCGAGAGCGAGGAUCUCCUCUUGCCGCUGGACGAGGGGGCCUGGCAGGCCGGCCACAUCCACAGCAACAGCCCUAGACCGGAUGGCCCGCAGUGCCUGCUCUCUGGCGAGAAGAACCGGCGGCGUGUCUUCCCGCAUUUUGCCUGCCACGACCACUCCAUCUUCGGCUUCUUCCUCCCGCUGAUGACCAUCACCGGCGAGCUGAUCGAUCUCAACCAGGCGCGCAACCACCCGACCUUGGGGCUGCGGCUGCAGGGCCGUGAAGCGUGGGACGUGCACGUUGCCGAGGUGCUGCGCCAGCUCGAGAUCUACAAGAGCAGCCUGUCUGCCUUUGCGGCGGCAGAGCAAGACCAUCUCCCUCCUGAGGGAGUCGAUGGAGGUGCUACUACUGCUGCUGCUGCUACUACUACUACUACUACUACUACUACUACUACUACUACUACUACCACUGCGGCUGCUACUGCUACUGCUACUUCCGGUGGUACUUCAACCCCCUUAUACUCAUGGCACACGCAGACCGUGCUAGCGUACGCGUCGUACCUAGUGCACGUCCUGCACAUCCUGCUUGUUGGGAAAUGGGACCCCGUCUCGUUGAUCGAAGAUAAAGACUUUUGGACAUCGUCGCCGACGUUUGCGUCGACCAUCUCGCACGCCCUCGACGCCGCCGACUCGGUCGAGCACAUCCUCCGCUUCGACUCGGACAUCAGCUUCAUGCCGUACUUCUUCGGCAUCCAACUCCUGCAGGGCAGCUUCCUGUUACUCCUCAUCGUCGAGCGGCUGCAGCAGGAGGCCGGCGAGGGCAUCCUCAACGCCUGCGAGGUCAUGAUCCGCGCCACGGAGUCGUGCGUCGUCACCCUCAACACCGAGUACCAGCGCAACUUCCGCCAGGUGAUGCGCAGCGCCGUCGCCCAGGCGCGCGGGCGCCCGGUCAACCAUAGCGAGAUUCGAUACCGCCGAAAGGCUGUUCUGGCCUUGUAUCGCUGGACGCGCAAGGGGACAGGCUUAGCUUUGUAG